AUCUUGAUUUCCUUCAAUGGGGGAGGGAGAGAGUGAAGGAAGCGGAGGUUGGCCAGAGCUCAGCAGCAUCCGUCUCCAUCUGCAAGUUUUGUGAGAUGAAGGGGCUCCUCUCCCAUAUCAUCUUCUUCAGCGGGCUCUGGGCUUCCGUGCGGCCGGUGUCUGGCGACUCCCUGGUGAACGAGGAUGUCAAACGCUCGAUAGAUUUAGGGACCCACUUGGCCAAAAUCACGGCCGAUGUGACGCUGUCCAACAGCGGGCCGUCCCCGGCCUCAGCCUUCAUCCUGGCGUUGGAGCCGGGCCUGGAGGACCACUUGGCCUACAUAGGAGUCACCUUGAAAACCGAUGAUGAAGAAGAAACUUCAUUGGCUUUGGAAGAGACACGUGUCACAGGGCAGAGUGGUAAGUUCUUCAGAGUGAAGUUGGGAAUGCAGCUGGCUGCUGGUGCCAAAGUCAAGCUGGCACUUGAAUCUACGUUCACACAUGUCUUGCGCCCUUUCCCAACUCACAUUGCCCAGGCCGAGAAGCAGUUUGUGGUCUUUGAGGGCAAUCACUAUUUCUACUCUCCGUAUCCCACUAAGACCCAGACCACUCGAGUCAAGCUUGCUUCAAAGAACAUCGAAAGCUACAGCAAGCUUGGUAACCCCAGCAAAUCUGAGGAUUCCAUUGAUUAUGGACCAUUCAAGGACAUCGCUGCCUUCAGCCAGGACACGCUGAGGUUGCACUACGAGAACAACAGCCCUUUCCUGGCUAUCGUCAGCAUGACCCGUCUUAUCGAGGUGUCGCACUGGGGAAAUAUUGCCGUGGAGGAGACCAUUGACCUGAAGCACUGUGGUGCAGUCCUGAAGGGGCCAUUCUCACGCUAUGACUACCAGAGACAGCCCGAUAGCGGGAUCUCCUCCGUUAAAUCUUUCAAGACUAUUCUACCUGCUGCGGCCCAGGAUGUUUACUAUCGUGAUGAUAUUGGAAACAUCUCCACCAGCCACCUGGUUGUUCUGGAUGAUUCCGUGGAAAUGGAAGUCCGUCCUCGCUUCCCACUCUUUGGCGGCUGGAAGACUCACUAUGUCAUCGGAUACAACCUGCCCAGCUACGAGUAUCUUUACAAUCUUGGUGACCAGUACGCACUGAAGAUGAGGUUUGUUGAUCAUGUGUUUGACGAUCAAGUAAUUGAUUUUCUUACUGUGAAACUAGUCCUACCAGAGGGAACGAGGAACAUUCAAGUGGACACUCCAUAUGCGAUAGACCGACAGCCCAAUGAGCUUCACUACACCUACCUGGACACUUUUGGGCGGCCUGUCAUAAUUGCUCACAAGUCUAACCUGGUGGAGCAGCAUAUUCAGGAUAUUGUAAUCCACUACACUUUCAACAGGAUCCUGAUGCUGCAGGAACCCCUGCUUGUGGUUGGAGCUUUCUACAUUCUCUUCUUCACCGUCAUCAUUUACGUGCGUUUGGAUUUCUCCAUCACCAAGGACCCAGCAGCAGAAGCCAGGAUGAAGGUGGCAUCCAUCACAGAACAGGUUCUGACUUUGGUGAACAAGAGGCUGGGCUUGUAUCGCCAUUUUGAAGAGGCUGUGAAUAAGUACAAGCAGUCGAGGGACAUUGGCACCCUGAACAGCGGCCGGAAGACCCUGGAGACAGAACACCGGGCUCUUUCUGCCGAUAUAAGCUCCCUGCAGUCAAAGCUGAAGGCUGAAGGAUCGGACCUGGCUGAGAAGGUGUCUGAGAUCCAGAAGCUGGAUGGUCAGGUGAAGGAUCUGGCACUGAAGGCGUCUCAGGAGGCAGAGCGGCUGGUAGCUGGCAAAGUGAAGAAGGACACAUACAUCGAAAACGACAAACACCUCUCCUCCAAGCGGCAAGACCUGGUGUCCAGGAUCGAUACUAUCCUGGACACCUUGUAGUAGUGAUCGGCAGAAACCUGUGUGCAUUUGGUUUAUCUCCUCCUCCCCUGUAAAUGCAAGAUCAGAUGGUAUUAAAUCAAUUAUUUUGUUUUUGA